AUGGCGGGAGAAGACUGGGCCCACUCAUUUAUGAGGCGUCAUUCAGAGUUAAGUUUGAGGAAGCCUGAGGCCACUUCUGGAGCACGUGCCAUGGGAUUUACCCGAGUAGCAGUCGCGCAGUUCUUUACAUUAUUAAAUAAAGUUAUUAUUGAGAAAAAAAUUACCUGUGAAGGAAUUUAUAAUUGCGAUGAGAUUGGCAUUACAGUGAUUCCAAAGCAGCAUUCAAGGGUUAUUGCAAAUAGAGGACAUCGUCAGGUAGGCGUAUUGACUUCUGCUGAGCGUGGCAAUACAGUAACGGCAGAAAUUUGUUGCUCUGCUGCAGGAAAUUUCAUGCCCCCCCCUGUUGAUUUUCCCGCGACAAAAGAAGAGACAAGAAUUUGA